CAUGUAAGGAAUAUCCCUGCAGUAGGCGAAAGUACAUUUGGGAAUAAAGUUAUAGGAAUAGAACUGUUAGAAAAAAAAUAUUGGACAUAAGCAUGAUGCAUAUUACGGUACAAUGGAUUUACUUAAUAAUUGCGUUAAUGGCAGGCACAUUCGCCUUCGUUCCUGAUGUCACGGAGGAUGGUUUUCCGUCAAUUAUCAAAGACAAGAAAUGCAUGAUUUUCUAUGUGGUCAAAGAUAAUUGUCCAAUGUGCAAACUGCUGUACUUAAGUUUUUUAACAGUUGCACAGACCUUUAGAUAUGAUAAAGAAAUACUAUUCGGACGUGUUUCGGACCCCGCUCUUGUAGCAGCCUUCGGAUUGAACGCGUUUCCUGGAAUCGUAUUCUACGAGUACGGGAGUGCGGUACCCAAGAUAUAUUUGGAUGAUAUAACAUCAAGUGCGGUGUCCAGAGUGGUGUCAGAUGCUAUGAAACGAGAUUCCAGGAAACUCGAUAAGCAGUUUGCUUUAGAACUGACCAGCGAUAUAUUUGAUGAAGUUAUCACCACUAGCGGUCAGCACAAACUAGUGAUGUUGCAUGAAGCUGGCGACGAGGACGACAUUGCUGCGUACGAAGAGCUGGCUGAAACCUUUGAGAACGAACAUGAAGUAGUUAUUGCUAGAAUAAAUGUUGACUUUGAAAAUUAUUUAAGGAAAAGUUUUGGCGCUGUUGUUUAUCCCUCGUUUUACUGGUAUCCAAAAGGAAGCGAGAGAAGGAUGAGGUACGGAGGGGAGCUUAACGUGGGUCAGAUGAUAUCCUUCGUGAACAAAGAAGCAGGAAUGUUCCGGACAAAAGGAGGAAGGCUGAACCCUUACGCGGGGCUUAUCAAGCAGUUCGACGAAGUUUUAAGUAAGCAUGCCCGAGAUAUGUACGAAAUAAAGAACUUUGACACAAUAAAGGACGAACUUCGCAAGGCUCAAUUUCAAUUGCCUAAAGAUACUGACGAAGAGAUUGCUGAUUUCUACUUUGAGAUUCUCAACGGAAUGGAGGAAGACAAAACUAUCGAAUCGCUGGAUGAAACAAGGAACCGGCUAUAUCGCCGAAUGAAUGAUGUGGGUCCGUUAGGGUUUGAUAUGUUGAUUAAAAAGCGGAAUGUUGUUCAAAAGAUUAUCGACAUAAUUGGUCAUCACUUGCUAGAACAAUUGUCCGAUGGUGACUUUGGUGAGAUGGGCGUAGGCAAUUUGAAUGAAGAAUACGACGAGUAUUUAAAGCACAGCAUAGAAUUUCACGAAGAAUUAUGAUUUCGGACUUUUAUUGAAACAUUAUUUUUUUUAUUUCGUGUUAUUGUGAGUAUGUGCUUAGGUUCGAUAGUUUAUUUAAGUCUAAUCAAUAAAACAUCUAUACAUUCCAUAAUGAAAUAACACUACAAUGUAUUGCUACUUAAAGUAUAUAUAUACAUGUUGUAUACAACAUUUGCCGAAAAGUUUAAGUGACGUUUUUGAAGGUGUAAUUAUUUAAGGCUGAGAUUGACAAAAUUCUGUUCAAAUGGGUAUCUGCCCGUUGUUGUUUAAUUGGUGUUUGUUAACAAAAACAUAUAAAAUAACUCAAUUAGAACGUUUAUAAAUAAAAACAACAACAAAUGUUGCCAACGUAAAAUAUGUGCACUAUGAGUGAGUCUAGCUGCAGUAUGGAUGAAUGGAGUUCUUGUAAAUUUAGGAAGUAAAAUAUCGAUGUA